GGAGGUGAUGAACUUUGCCCUUCAGGCGGUUGGCAGUCCGGGUCGCAAUCAGGGAGGUCGUGGGGCUUCUGCCGGUGGUGGCGGCAGCGGCGGAGCGACCAUGGAGAACUUGGAGAAGCAGCUGAUUUGUCCCGUCUGCCUGGAGAUGUUCUCCAAGCCGGUGGUCAUCCUGCCCUGCCAGCACAACCUCUGCAGAAAAUGUGCCAACGACAUCUUCCAGUCGUCCAACCCUGCGUGGCAGUCGCGCAGCUCGUCCAGCGUGGCCACCAGCGGGAGUCGUUUCCGCUGCCCGUCGUGUCGUCACGAGGUGGUCCUGGACCGCCACGGCGUGUACGGCCUGCAGAGGAACCUGCUGGUGGAGAACAUCAUCGACAUGUACAGACAUCAGGAGGCCUCACGGACAGUUAUAGUCAAGCCUGAGACGCAGCAGCAGCAGCUGACAUGUGACGAGCACGAAGACGAGAAGAUCAACAUCUACUGCCUGUCCUGCCAGACGCCCACCUGCUCCAUGUGCAAAGUGUUCGGCCGGCACAAAGAGUGUGACGUGGCGCCGCUCAGCAGCGUCUACCUGCGGCUCAAGACUGAACUCAGUGACAGCAUCGCCGGCCUGGUUGCCAAUAACGACCACAUCCAGGCUGCCAUCAUGCACAUGGAGGAAGUAUGCAACGCCAUCCAGGAGAAUGCUUGCCACCGGCGCGAGCAGGUCGCCAGCCAGUUGGAGACGCUGACGGCCAUCUUGGACGAGCGGAAACAGGAGCUGGUGCGUCUGAUCACCAGGGAGCAGGAUGAAAAGCUGCAGCAGGUGCGGGCGCUCGUACGGCAGCACGGCGAACGGCUGGAGGCAUCCGUGACACUGGUGGAGUCGGCCGUCCAGGCCGCAGAAGAGCCGCACAUGGCGCUCUUCAUCCAGAAUGCUGCUGUCAUACUGGACAAGAUGUCCGCGUCCACACGAGUCGCCAACGACCUGCGUCCGCAACUCGACUACGACAACAUGAGCCAUUUUGUCAUCGACGUCGACGACAUCGUUGAUAUGUUGACCAGCAUCGACUUCUGCCACACUGCAGCGGGCGAAGGUGAAGACGACCUAGAGGACGACUCAGAACUGGACUGACCCGCCAUCAACACAGGGACUCCUCCCAAUGAGAUCCACA